AUGGCUACCCCUAGUGUCUUCACUUUUGAUGCUGAGGGCCAUGCCGUUGACUUUGAGGUCUGGGUCGAUGACCUCCAGCUCUUUCUUCAGUGCGAGAGGGCGGACGGCCUCUCCCUGUUUGACCUCACUUCUGGUGCCUCCCCUGCUCCUGCUGCUGAUGCUAACGCCACUGUUCGCUCACAGUGGGCCAUGCGCGAUGCUGCUGCUCGCCUUGCUGUGCACCCCCGCUUACCGACCACUACGCGUGCAUACUUUAGCCAGUACAAGAGUGCUCAGACCUUGUACGACGCUGUAGUCGCACCCUACUCUUCCCCUACCACUGCUGCACUGAGCCGCCUCAUGCUACCGUACCUCUUCUCUGACCUUGCUGCCUUUCCCACAGUCGCUGAACUCAUUACGCACCUCCGCACUAGUGAAACUCGCUACCGCGCUGCACUUUCUGCUCAAUUCUGCGCCAAGAACCCCCCCCCAAUGUACAUCACCCUCUACUACAUACUCACCCGGCUCCCUGACUCUCUUCGCGUAGUCAGGGACCACUUCCUCUCAGUCUACCCCACCACUCUCACUGUUGACCUCCUCGAGAAGGCACUCCUAGCGAUAGAGAAGAGCAUAGUUGGUGUAGGAACUGGUGACCCUCGCACCCCCGUCUUUGAGGGUCGGUCGGCGCUGCGUCUGCCCCGAGCGGGAGACGCCGCACCGGCAGGGGCAAAGGGGGCAAGGGCGCUGGAGGGGCUUGAGGGGGCGGUGGAGGUGGUGUUGGAGGCAGUGGAGGGAGUGGGGGUGGUGGUGGGAGUGGUGCCAGGGGUGGCGGCGGCGGCGGCAGGAGUGGAGGAGGCGGAGGCGGUGGAGGUGGCGGAGGGAGCGGAGGUGGAGGAGGCGGCAGAGGCGGCGGCAGCGGUGGUGGAGCGGGUCGCGACUCUACGCAGAGGAGUGGCGCCAGUGGUGUGGAGCGGACCUACAGGAUAG